GCCAGUUGUUCUCCUAACAUCACCGACACACAGCCGCAGAAACAGCUCAACAACAACAUGAGAACUACACUAAUUACUUUCGUGCUAGUCCUGGCUGCUGCCUGUGGCCCCACCUCCUGUGGCAAAGAGGAGCAGACAGUCCCCCAGCUCGAGGCCCCGGCUGAAACCCGCUCUCGCUUUGCUGCUCUGGAUGAUGUGCGUCUUCUAGCAAACGGCCUUCUACAGCUGGGUCAGAGCCUGCGGGAAUUUGUGCAGAAGACAAAGGGACAGAUAAACGAUAUCGUCCAGAAGCUCAACAUCUUUGACCGCUCGUUCUACCAGCUCUCAGUGCUCGCCAGUGAAAUUAAAGAGGAAGAGGAGGAGCUGAAGAAGACCACCGUGGUACUGAAGGCCAACAACGAAGAGAUCAAGGGCCUGUCUAUUGAGAUCAACUCUAAAGUGGACAACAUCCUGCAGGAGAAGAGUCGGCUGCAGAACAAGGUGGAAGGCCUGGAGGAGAAGCUGAGCAGCCUGUCACAUGGCCUGGUGACGAGUGAACAAGUGGCAGAGGUCAACAGCCUCAAGGAGGUGAUCCGCAGCCAGGAGCAGAGCAUCAUAGAGCUGCUGAAGGCUGUGAGGGAGCAGAGUGACCAACUCAACCACCAGAGGGUUAAGAUCAAGAUACUGGAGGAAAAGUUUAUGGCCAACACAUUGCCCCAAGAGACCUUUGAGAAGAUGCCUGAAAUCUUUAACAGUGAAGCUCCAACACUCACCCCUUAUCUGACCUCACCCACCACCGACAUGAUGAACCUGCCAUCAGACUGCAGUGACCUGUUCAAAAGAGGGGAACGAGCCAGCGGUGUCUAUGCCAUCAGACCCACCGGAGCUGAGCCCUUCAUGGCUUUUUGUGACAUGAGCAAAGAUAAUGGAGCAACAGUCAUCCAGCGAAGGAGGGAUGGUUCAGUGAAUUUCGAUCAAACCUGGGAGAAGUAUGAAAGUGGGUUUGGAGAUUUUAAAGGGGAGUUUUGGCUGGGUCUCAGGAAGAUCCGCUCUUUAGCCGCUCAGGGAAACUCUGUCCUUCACAUCCAGCUAGAAGACUGGAAACAGGGCAGGCGCUUCGUCGAAUACAGAUUUCACCUUAAUGGUCCUGAGAGCAACUACACCAUUCACCUCACGCAUCUGUCUGGAGAUUUGCCGGACCCCAUGAGCAACCACACAGGCAUGAUGUUCUCCACCAAGGACAGAGACAACGAUAAGCACCAGGACUCCAACUGUGCACACAGCUACACAGGUGGAUGGUGGUUCAACGCCUGCGGAGACAACCUGAAUGGGAGAUAUUUCCACAUGAGACCUAAAGGGCGCUCUGAGCGUAGGAGAGGGAUUCAAUGGAGGCUUGGCCAAAAGGCCUCUUAUUGCCUGAAGCUCACACAGAUGUCUGUACACCCUGUUGCUUCCCCCAGCACCAACUCCUCCACUUCUGCCUCCUCAGAGACAGGUGUCUUUCUGUGAUCCAGCAUUCUCCAUAGAAAAUGCUGCAUUUAUAAGUGGCCUCUAAAUGAGAGCCUUGUACAGUUCCCACGUGAGCUCACCACACUGCAAAUUAAGAAAAUACAUGCAGACAGCCACAACACAAGCAAAUUUAUAAAACAUCUUUAUAAUAUAUGCGCAGCAUUUUCAAAACAGUGCUGCAAGAUGCUCACAGCACAAUGGACACUUUUUGCAGGGGACGCUAAAAAGUGAUGCACACAGCUGGGACACAUUUGUCAUUGCAAUGGUUUGUGUUUUUGAAGCUAUUAAAAUUGGCUAUCGUCACUGUGAUCAUAUGGUCCAGAUAUUAUAAUGAGGCUAGUUAUUGGCAGAUAUCUGCAAUAAUAUCUGAGUCAUGCCAUUACAAUAUUGAAAGAAGCCAAAAAACGUAGAUUCUACUGAUGGAUGGCUGA